AUGAUUUCAGUCAUUCCGCUCCGAGCACCUGCUAUCGAUAUUCAUUCGAAUGCUCGAUGGCAACAAAAUGGAAUUACAGUAGUUGGAGGAAAUGGAGAAGGCAAUGGAAUCAAUCAACUCGCAAAACCAUGGAGUUUGUUUGUUGAUGAUGAACAAACAAUCUAUGUCGCUGAUUACGACAAUCAUCGUAUUAUGGAAUGGAAAUGGGGUGCGACAAGUGGUCAAGUGAUUGCCGGUGGAAAUGGACAAGGACAUGGGAAUCAUCAAUUGUCUUACCCAAUAGAUGUGAUUGUCGACAAAGAGACAGAUAGUCUCAUCAUAUGUGAUACGAGUGCAAGAGUGGUUCGAUGGCCUCGUCGAAAUGGAACAAGUGGAGAAACAAUCAUAUCCAACAUCUUUUGUUUGGGUUUGACAAUGGAUGAGAAUGGAUCUCUCUAUGUCGUUGACUGGGGAAAAAAUGAAGUGAGACGAUAUCGAAGAGGAGAAUCGGAAGGAACAGUGGUUGCAGGUGGCAAUGGAAGUGGAAAUCGUCUCGAUCAACUCAAUAGUCCACGAUACGUAUUCGUCGAUCGAGAUCAAUCAGUCUAUGUAUCUGAAUGGGGAAAUGAUCGUGUGAUGAAAUGGAUGAAAGGUGCAAAACAAGGCAUUAUCGUGGCUGGUGGUCAAGGAAAAGGAAAUGGUCUUACACAAUUACCAGGUCCUGAAGGAGUCGUUGUCGAUCAAUCGGGCACUGUCUAUGUAGCUGAUUAUGUGAAUACUCGAAUCAUGCGUUGGCCCAAAGGAGCCACACAGGGAAGUGUCAUUGUUGGUGGAAACGGUCGAGGAGGACAAUCGAAUCCGCUGAAUAGGCCCCAUGGUUUGUCAUUCGAUCGAGACGGCAAUCUCUAUGUUGUCGAUUACGGAAAUCAUCGAGUACAAAAAUUCAAUAUCGAAUCCAAUAAAUAAAGAACAAGUAACUUUUAAAAAAAAUCUUGUACACCGUGUUCUUUUUUUCUUGUAAAAAAAGAAUUUAAAAUAAAUUAUUUCAUUAAUCAAUAAAAAGAAGAAGAAGAAGAAGAAGAAGAAUCAGUAAUAAGUGACUCAACCCAGGAGCCCGCUACGCCGCCAUAUUUCAAGGUUUCCGAAUCCUUGAAAAAUUCAAUAUUUCCAAUUCAUUAAAAAACAAUGAAAAUCAUUGCAAAUCUUCGUAUUUCGAUGUUCUGGAAAUAGCCUGACGUUGUGAAACAUCUGGAUAAACGUAGAGUGACAGAAAAUCCUUGAAACUCUCGCAAUUCUACGGUUUUGAGAAAUCUUAAACCCUAGAAUUGAUUAUCGAAGUAAGGGUUCCAAGGAUUUCACGACUUCAAACUGAGUGCGGCCUUCAGAAUAGUGAAGACCAUGGCCCAUUCUAUCAGGUUCCAACAAUUCCAAGAGAUCCAAGUGAUGGAAGCCUUGGAUUCCCAGAAAACCAGAAUAGGCUUCAAGCAGCUGAUAUGCUAUUGAGGAUAAACCAAGAAUUCCAAAAAAAGAAACAGAGUGCGGUCUUCAGAAUAAUGAAGACCAUGGCCCACUCUAUCAGAUUCUAAGGAUUCCAAGAGAUCCAAGUGGGGGAAGUCUUGGAUUCCUAGAAAACCAGAAUAGGCUCCAAGCAGCCUAUAUGCUAUUGAGGAUAA